AUGGCAUUGCGUGUGGAGGCGCCUGAUGAGCGAGUUGAUGACCUUCUACACAGGCUAUUUGAAUCCAAAGAAAUUGACAUGGCUAAAGGCGAUACACUAGCAGCAGUUGAUCUUUGCGAGUGCAUUUUCAUGAGCACACAUAAGCGUUUUGAUGAUGGCAGUUAUUGUGUACAAAUACCAUUUACACCAGAUGCUCCACCACUUGGGAAUUCACAUCAAAUGGCACUUAGGCAAUUUCACCAGUUGGAACGAAAAUUGGCAUCCAACUCAGAGCUGAGGCAAAGAUAUGUGGCUUUUAUGCGCAAAUACGAACAACUUGGUCACAUGCACCCUAUUCAGCAUCAUUCAGGCGACUCAUCUCAGGCAUACUACAUUCCACAUCAUGCAGUCAUGGCAAAAUUCCGAGUCGUAUUCAAUGCUUCCGCAAAAACAUCGAAUGGCAUAUCAUCAAAUGAUACACAACUCGCUGGCCCCUCAAUACAGGAUUUAUUACUUAACCUUUUGCCUCGCUUCAGGCAGCAUCGAAUAGCAUUCACAGCUGAUGUGGAGAAAAUGUUCAGGCAAGUCAAGGUUGACGAGAGGCACAGGCAGUGGCAACAGAUCCUCUGGCGGGAAUCAUCCGAUCAGCCCAUUCGCACAUAUCAAUUGGCUACCGUUACAUAUGGCACAACUAGUGGCACAUAUUUGGCUGUUCGCGCUAUGCAGCAAUGUGGCAGAGACAACUCUUAUAAACUCUCAGAUGAAGUACGAGCUAAAACUGCUUUGCACAGCAUCCUGAAUGAUUUCUACGUAGAUGACUACCUUAAGAGUACACCUUCUAUUGGCAUGGCGAUUCAACUGGCGGCCGAUGUCUCAUCUGUUUUGGCAGACGGUCAGUUCCAUCUAAGGAAAUGGAAAUCGAAUAGCGCUGAAGUCUUGGCACAUCUUCUUGGCGAUGCUGAUCCAUGUCAGCUUUAUCCGCACUUGGCAGAAACUACUGUUCUUGGCUUACACUGGGAUCCACUCACUGAUGAACUCUUCUAUCAGGUCAGCUCUUAUGAUGCACAACAUCUUACGAAAAGGCAAGUGCUUAGCGAUGCUGCAAAAUUAUAUGAUCCAAUUGGCAUGUUGGCACCGGUUAUCAUUACGGCUAAACUUUUCAUACAGAAACUCUGGCAGGCAAAAUUGGAAUGGGACGACCCAUUACCACUUGAACUGUUGCAAGAAUGGCUCAUAUACCGAAGGCAGCUGUCCCAACUGGAGGCAGUGCGAAUACCGCGUUGGAUAGGCAUGCAACCUGGUUAUCAAAUACAACUUCAUGGCUUCUGCGAUGCUAGUGUCAAGGCAAUGGCUGCAGCACUCUAUUUGGCAACAAACCACAAUGGCAAUAUCACUAGUCACAUUAUCGUAUCAAAAACUAAAGUGGCACCAUUACAUUCG